AUGAAUUCUAACUUGAAAGCUCUAACUCUUAUUGACUUACAGUUAAAGUAAGAAAUAUAAAUAUAAAUUUAUAUAUUAAUUAAUUUUUAAUCAAAAUUAUUUUAAAAGUUUUCUCUUUUUUAUAAAUUUCUAUAAUAAAGAAUAAAUAAAAUCUCAUAUCUUUCAUUCAUUCAAUUAUUCAUAAAAUAAAUUCUUUUUUUUAUUUUUUAUUAAAUAAAUAGAAAUUGGACACUUAGUAAUGAAUAAAUUGCUUAACUUAACACUACUUUGGUAUAAUGUGAAAAAUUAGAGUCUUUGAAAUUAAAUCUUAAGUUUUCUACUAAAUCCCUUAAAUAGGAAAAUUUAGAAAAUGAUUAAUUUAUCUAAUCAUCUGAUAUAUAUUCCUUACUACACGUUAGAUUGAUAGUAAACACAAUCAGUUUGAAUCUUUAUUUUAAAAUUAUCAAUGAUUAAAUAUAUACCCAAAUUUAGUUUUUCCAUAGAAUUUUUUACAACGAAUUCUAAGCUUGUGAAGAACCAAAAUCAAUUGAAACUUAAGGAAAUAUUCUAUUAGAAGAAACUAUGAGCAAUCUAAUUAAUCUUAACAGUUUACAACUAAAUUUAGAUGGAAAUUAAAUUGAAGAUGAAGGUGCAGUUUGGAUUUGCACAAUAUUAAAUAGAUGCAAAGCACUUACGAACUUAAAUUUGUAGCUUUGGAAAAAUAAUAUGGGUAACAAAGGGAUAUCGAGUAUUGUAGAAGGUAUUAGUAGUUGUGCUAAUCCCACAACUUUAACUUUAAACGCAGUGGAUAAUAAAAUCGGUGAUAAAGGAGCGUAAAAUAUUGGAUUAGGUUUGAGUAACUGCACUCAACUUACAAAUUUAGAUAUUGGAAUGGAAUUAAAUUAAAUUGGAAAUAGAAUAGAAUAGAAAUACUCGCACAUAUAAAUGCACUCAGAAUAAAUCUUAAAAAAUAUUAACUUCUAUUUUAUCUAAAGCGUAACCAGUAGAUUAAAUUUUAUCAAUUGUGUGCAAUUCAUAUUUUAUAUAAUUUAAUUUUUUCUAUGA